AUGGGCGAUUCUGGGAAAGAAUGGAGAUAUUUGGGGACAGUGGAAGAACUGAACAAAAAGAAAUGCCAGAGAUUGUAUUCUGCCAGUGGAAAGGUUUACGAUUUGGCGCUUUUUUAUCACGAGGGAAAGUUUUACGCCAUGGAAGCUUGGUGUUCACAUUUAGGGGGUCCACUAUUCAGUGGGGAAAUCGAAGAUUACAAAGGAAGAUGUCACGUGAUGUGCCCAUGGCAUGGAUAUAUGUUUGAUAUCAAGGAUGGCACUAAUGAAAUAGGACUUAAGCAAGAAGUGCAUGAGGUCAAGAUAGAAGAUGAAAAAGUGUAUGUUUUAUACAAAACUGAGCUGAGCCUAUCCGCUACCUAAAGGUAUGCAGACCUGUUGAAAUCAAUAUUUAUUUCAUAGUCUUCACAAUAUAUAUCUAUGAUUUUCCUUGGUCAUAAUUGACAAUAUCAAACCACGUU